UGAAAAUUCUUCAUAUUUAACUGAGCCCCCCUCCUUACAGUGGGCAGGUAGUGAUCGGGUCUGAAGGUUCGUUUUAAUCUCAAUCCAUUGUGUCAUUAUCAGUUCACUGAAUAACAACUUAACCGAGAUAUGGACACUUGCAGAGAUGUUGGAAAAAUGCAGGCAAAGAAGCCAGAUGAGUAUUUCUCAAUAGAUGGGAACAGCCUCACAACUGCUGAUUUGGUCUGUCUGGGAAAAGGCUUUUGUAAGAUUAAGCUGAGUCCUGAGGCGGAAGAGCGUGUGAUCAGGGCUGAAAAUGUUAUUGAGAAGAUAUUAUCUGAAAAUCAAGUUGUUUAUGGAGUUAAUACAGGCUUUGGAAAAUUUGCACAAACUGUCGUAAGGAAAGAUCAACUCAAGGAGCUGCAGGAAAAUCUUGUCCGCUCCACAAGUGCUGGGGUCGGACCCCCACUGAGUCCGGAAAGGACCCGGAUGCUUCUUGCUCUCAGGAUUAACGUCUUAGCUAAAGGUCAUAGUGGCAUUUCCUUGGAGACUCUUCAAAAAAUGGUGUUGGCUUUUAAUGCCUCUUGUCUCUCCUGGGUUCCUGAGCAAGGGACCGUAGGUGCGAGUGGAGAUCUGGCCCCUCUUGCUCACCUGGCUCUGGGGCUGAUGGGAGAGGGACGCAUGUGGUCACCACAGACCGGCUGGACUGACGCCAUGACUGUAUUAGAAGGACACGGUCUGACCCCAAUAUCCCUGAAACCUAAAGAGGGAAUUUCUCUGAUUAACGGGACGCAGAUGAUCUCAUCACUGGGUGCUGAGGCAGUAGAGAGAGCAGAAGCGAUCUCUCGGCAAGCUGAUGUCAUCGCCUCUCUCACUGUAGAGAUGCUGAAGGGAACCAACAAAGCUUUUGACAUGGAUGUCCAUGUGGUGCGGCCUCACCCGGGUCAGAUUUUAGUCGCCCAGAGAUUUCGCUCCUUGCUUCACUCGGACUUCUUUCCUUCAGAAAUCGCAGAUGAGAAGUCCUAUAAAGGUGUUCAAGAUGCCUAUACACUGCGAUGUUGUCCGCAGGUGCAUGGAAUAACUAAUGACACAAUUUCUUUUGUGAAGUGUAUUCUCAACACUGAGCUGAACAGUGCCACAGAUAAUCCUCUGGUUUUCCCAGAGCGAGGAAUCACUAUAUCAGCGGGAAACUUCCACGGCGAAUAUCCUGCUAAGGCUCUGGACUUCCUGGCUAUAGGAGUGCAUGAGCUGGGGAGUAUUAGUGAGCGGCGCAUCGAGAGGCUGUGUAAUCCCUCCCUCAGUAAUCUCCCUGCCUUCCUGGUGAAAGAUGGAGGAUUAAACACGGGCUUCAUGAUGGCCCACUGCACUGCUGCUGCCCUGGUGUCAGAGAAUAAGGUGCUGUGCCACCCGGCCUCUGUGGACUCUCUGUCCACCAGUGCAGCUACAGAGGACCAUGUGUCUAUGGGUGGCUGGGCAGCCAGAAAGGCCCUGAAGGUGGUCGAGCACGUGGAGCAGGUCCUUGCCAUAGAGUUACUCACUGCCUGUCAGGCUCUGGAGUUCCACCGGCCCUUAAAGACCACAGCACCUCUGGAGAAGGUCUACGAGCUGCUGCGCUCUGUAGUCAGGCCCUGGGACAAAGAUCGUGUUAUGAGCUCUGAUAUUGAAGAAGCUCACAAGCUCGUCUUAGAGGAGAAGGCUCUGGACUUCCUGGCUAUAGGAGUGCAUGAGCUGGGGAGUAUUAGUGAGCGGCGCAUCGAGAGGCUGUGUAAUCCCUCCCUCAGUAAUCUCCCUGCCUUCCUGGUGAAAGAUGGAGGAUUAAACACGGGCUUCAUGAUGGCCCACUGCACUGCUGCUGCCCUGGUGUCAGAGAAUAAGGUGCUGUGCCACCCGGCCUCUGUGGACUCUCUGUCCACAAGUGCAGCUACAGAGGACCAUGUGUCUAUGGGUGGCUGGGCAGCCAGAAAGGCCCUGAAGGUGGUCGAGCACGUGGAGCAGGUCCUUGCCAUAGAGUUACUCACUGCCUGUCAGGCUCUGGAGUUCCACCGGCCCUUAAAGACCACAGCACCUCUGGAGAAGGUCUACGAGCUGCUGCGCUCUGUAGUCAGGCCCUGGGACAAAGAUCGUGUUAUGAGCUCUGAUAUUGAAGAAGCUCACAAGCUCGUCUUAGAGGAGAAGGUGUGGGAGGCAGUUCUACCAUAUAUGGAGCAGUAUAAGAAGAAUGACCACCAACAUCUCUUGUUCUAAUCUCUCAUCUGAAUUGCUUUUGUUAUAAUACAGUAAAAUAUAGCUCGGAAGCAGACGACUAAAUUUGUUGAAUCUUUUUAAUUCAAAUAAAAGGGUAAAAGAGACAACAUAAUACAAUACACAAUGAUGUAAUGAGUAGUAUUUUGAGCUUGUGGAUUUUUUUUGAGUGUUAUUUUAAAAAAAAAUCUGUAAGUAGAAUUAGUUGUAUUGAUAAGUAGGAAAAUUAAUGAAUUUCUAGAAAUUAAAAAUAGAAUUAUAUUACAUCAUGUUUAUUUCACAUAAUCCAAUUU